GAGCCGAAGACUGCCGAGGACAUCAUGGCGGAGGCCGUGGGGCUGGGCAGGGCCGCGGACGACGCCAGGGAGGCCGCGAAGAAGCGCGGCGAGCUCUCGCCGAGGAUCGGGUGAAGCAGGCGCAGCAGGCGAUCCAAGACGCCAAGGAGACGGUCCAGAAGGCGAAGCAGGGCGUCAAGGACGCGGAGGCCCAGAUCAAGGAAGGCAAGGCUCUGCUCGAGCAGGCGCUGAAGGAUGUCGAGGAGGGUUCCAGGCAGCAGGAAAAGGCAGAGGGCGACCUUGUUGUGGCGAAGAAGGACCUCGACGGUGCCACCAGCGACCAGGCCAAGGCGCAGGACCAGAAGACCGCUGCCAAGGAGGCAGAGGAGGCCUCCUUAAGAAGGCCGCGAGCAGCCGCGCCUGCGUUGACCUCCCUGGGGUGA